CAAAAGCAGAAAAACGCGCAAAGCUUAAGAAAUUGAGGAAAGAGUCAAAGAAACAAGCGAAAGAAGAAGUGCAGCAAAGUUCCCAGGCAAAAGUUUUGCUUUGCCACAAUAGCCUGUGCCAAUUUGAAAUUUACGAUUGGAGCAUUGUUUGACUCUUGCAAGUCCCUUGAGGUAACAAUUUUAUUAUAUUGAAUAUAUGCUUUUAUUUUAGUAUCUUGGCUUGUCAAUUAAAAAAAAAUGUUAUGGCUUGAAUAUCAAAUGUUAGAAGUCCACUUGUUAACAAAUGGACGAAAACUUCUUCAAUUUUCAUUGUCUUUUAAUGAACUCAUAUCGUUACUUGCACACUCUGAGUAUUUGCUUUCACGAGUGGAUCCAUUGCCAUCUUUUCCAUGCUUACAUCUAUUAAUACACUUAGCACGGCAUUGAUUUCGAAUAAGCUAUUAAGAUAUCCUGAAGUUGCUAUACAAGUAGCAGUUGUUUCUUGUCUUGGUGAAAUAUUCUGUAUUACGGCAUCCGAUCCCCCCAUUUGUGAUGAAAUAAUCCAGGAUAUUUUUCUAUUGUUUAUAUCCUCAUUUGCAUAUCUCACAAGCACAUUCAUCAAUUUGUAUUUUACAGCAGUAAGGAUACUAGAUACCAUGGCUAAUGCAAAAUACUACCUUAUCAUGUUGGACUUAGAUUGUGAACGUACGAUUAUUGACAUGUUCCAACACUUUCUUGUAGCUCUAAAAGAAAAUCAUUUAGAGAAUGUCUUCACAUCCAUAGAGACUAUCAUGACCUUUACAUUGGAAGAAAGUGACAAUAUCCCUCUGGACUUGAUUACACUUUUGUUGGAUAGUGUUCAAACGAAACACAAAGAGGUUUCUACUAUUGCAUUUUGUGUGGUGGAAAGACUUAUUGAGAAGUGUGAUGACAAGAUCAAACCUUACUUUUUACAAGCUAUAAAAUCUCUAGGGGUUUGUUUAGAUGAUUAUAGUGCAGUUCUUUCCUCCGUAUUUUCAGAAGUCGAUACUUGUGAACAGUGUAUUGUGUCCCCUAUUUUGACCACAUCUAUAGUCGAUACACUUAAUAGUGACUUAAUUGAGAAAGUACCUAAAUUAAUGUCAUCGAAGUCAAAUAUUUCAGAUGUCUUAGAUCUAGUGCCUACUAUGUUGCAUGACUUUAAUGUUGACUUUGUUUUAGUUCUUCCUCAAUUACAUGAGAUUCGAGGGGUUGCCACAUUGUUCUCUAAGGUCCUCACUCGAUUGCACACUCUUCCUAUUGACAUUAGGAUGUUGCCUGCUAAUUAUCGACACAAUGUGCUAGCUCUUCAUUAUUUUGACAAUAUUCCUAAAUUUCAUGUCAAGUUAAAAGGUCAAAUCAUUUCCGAUCAUGAAAUUUUCAAAUUUACUUUCUAUGUGCUAUAUAAAUUAGAGUAUUCGUACAAAGGUUUUCUAUUUGAUUGGCCAUCAAACUUAAAUGAAAGUUAUAUUUUCAAUAUAGAAGAAUUGUUUCCUAAUCAAGACAUAUUCGAGCAUUCGAUGUUGCAAUCUUUUGUCUCUACAGGCCAAUAUCAAAUGCUAGCUUCUUGUGCUCCUCACUAUGUACAACCACGUGAAGAUUCUGGAAAUGAGUUGCAUGGGUAUUUGUUACUUGGAGACCAAUUUCAUAACUUGAUUAAAAGGAGAGAUCGUCCUCCUUGGUCGGCUCAUAUCCUUGAGGAUAAGUUGCUUCUUUCAUUUAUAUCAGCUGUCGAGUUUCGAUAUUUGGUUCUUCAGAGAAAUCGUCCACCGUAUGAGUUUAGACACUAACUUGGAGAUGGACGAUAGCUCUUUUGUGAUUUAUCCAUUCGACGGGGUCGAAUUCUUCUUCCACCUCGGGAGAAUUGAUGAGGGCAUCACCUGUUGGACCAUCUUAUUUUGCUUUGGACUAAUUUACUUUUGCUUUAUUAGUUGGGUUUGUAUUACGGUCGGCCCAAGCCCCAUAACUAUUAGGUUUAUUUUUAUUAUUUAUUUCUUUGUAUUAAACUUCCAAGGGAGGAUGAAUUGAUGAAGAUGAAUGAAAUGUUUGGUUAAGUUUUCUCC